GCUUGUGGAUUGUAAUUUAGAGCCAGUCAUGUCAGGGUUCAGCUGGGAAGAUGAGACACGGCGCACGGUUCUUGAGGGGCGUGCUGCAUUGGAGCGCACAGCAGAGAGCCUGGCACGUUCACAGCGUACAGCUGUGGAGACUGAACAGGUGGGGGAGGAAGUUGUGUCAGAGUUGAGUGCACAGAGACAGACAUUACUGCGCAGCAAGCAGCGACUUUCAGACACAGAUCAUGAACUGUCGCAGACUCGUGUCCUGCUACGGAAGAUGACCCUCAGUGUUCUCACAAACAAGAUCAUCCUCAUUGUCAUUAUUCUGCUUGAGACAUGUAUCUUGGCUGCCGUUUGUUAUAUGAAAUUCUUUCAUCACUAAUGAGGUGUGAUGUGUCUACCUGCUAUGUUGUGAAACGCUGAGCUCAGUAAGACUGUAAGGGGUUUUCCCUUAUGUUAGCAGCAUACUUUCAGUGGCAUCAUCAGUGGAAAUCUUGGUUGCAGUUCCUGCAGAUAGUUUUUGACUGCUCAGAUUAUCCCUUUUGUGGGGCAGGUGGUAUAGCAGAAUAUUUGUUGUGUUCUUAUGAAGGAAUGUGGCCUGUAGCUAGCCACUGCUAUAUCUCAUUGUCUCUAUUCCAUAUGCCAUUGUGAUGGCCUUGGGCUCAGUUAAUGCAACCCCAGAGAUAUAAUGGCCUGUGCCUGAAAUAUAUUGUUGUGGCUGGCAUACAUCAACAAGGAGAUGAGAUAAAUGUUCAUAAAGCAGCAUGUCUGCUGACUUGUCACAGCACAGGGGUUUUGAGUUUAUCAUCUCCUGUACAGGUGAUGCAAGACAGCAGCAUGACACAUUUCACUGCUCUGUGUCUGGCCAUCAGUGGGGAGGUCAUGGUAGAUCGCAUCUUGUAGCAGAGUAUGGGCCUUGUCACAAUUGUGUGCUUCUUGCUGUAGUCACCUGCUGACAUUUCUCCAUCUGUCACGGGAAAACUAUGGGUCCCUCGUAUAGAUGUUCCAGCAGGCAGAAGAAUGUAAGUGGCUUGAUGAAAGGAAAGAGUACAAGAUUUCUGAUUGAUGGCUGAGGUGAUGGUGUCACAGGGGCGUAAUGCUAGGAACGCUGAGCCCAAAGCCCUGCUGCUAAUGGAUGGCCAUCACUAUGGUCAGCCAUAUGGAACAGAAGUACUGAAAUCCAGCAGUGGCUGCUAAAUACAUGCCAUGUUCCUUCAAAAGAACGCAAUAAACAUGCUGCUAUAUCUGUCCCAUGAGACUGACAGUUUGAGUAGUCCAGAACUGUCAUGAGAUCACUGAAGAUGCCACUGCUUUCUUGAGAUAUGGCACUCAGAUCCAUUGCAUGAAAGGCAGAUUUGCAUGGAGAAACAUUCCAGAAAAAACUGCUGCAUUGCUGGGGAAAUGUUUCGGGGAACACACGUUUGUACAUAGUGAAGAAGGCAAUGCUAACUUGCAAGUGGACAGUGUUUACAUGAGUGGAUAGAAAUGUGGUUUUUGAAGGAACGUGUUUAUGGUUGAAUAAACCUGAGUUCCUGACACAUAAAGGACUGGAUCAUUGUAGUGUCACAAUAAAGUGAUAACAUCAUUUGCAGCUGACGUGCAUCAGGUCAAAAAUGAAAUGUGUAGAAUUGCAUAUAUGAAGGGUCUGACUCGCGUUUCGGUUUGUUCAUGUGAAAGUUGAGGGAAGGGGAGUAAAUGUGAAUGUGCAGGAGAAGAACUGUCAGUGUCUCAUUAAAGUUUCUUUGGUUUUGAAGAACA